AUGAAACAAUUGGCACUGGCAUUGAUCGUAGCGCUCUUCGGAGUCGCCAUGUGCCAGAGCUUCGAUGACGAGUUGGACCAGCCCAACUCGGUCGACUUCAAUGGACCUGAAGUCGACGGAAACGACAGUGGCGAGGACUUUGGCGGCAGCGGUAGAGACGCCCCAGAAGGAUUCGGACGCCACCACCGUCGUCACAGACCUCACAUUUUCCCGCCGCCAACCUUCCUCCGCAACGUCAGCCGUCAGGCCCGUCGCGACUUCUUCAAAAUCGUCAGCAACGAAAACAUCACCAUCACCGAGAUGAAACAGGAAAUCAAGUCCUGGGCCGCCAACAACAGCGUUUCGGUUAGUGGAUAUUGCUCAAUUCUUUCAAUCCCAUCUGCUUUCAGGCCGCCGUUGACGCUUACGAGAAGGAGAUUCUGAAGAUCGAAGACGAGCUCAGUCAGAACGUUUCGACGAUCGUUGGAAGGCUUGCCACUGUUCAGACCGAGAUGGAGAAAAUCGUCAGGAAUGACGGUUUGACCCUGAGGCAGCAACGGGAACAGAUCAAGACUCUCUACAAGUCCUACCCAAUGGUGAGAUCUCUUUAUUUUUCUAACUACAUGAAAAUUCUGGUAGUUGAAAUUUGCAAAAAUCAUCAUUUUCACCUUUGGAAUGUUUCAAAUUUUUCAUUUUUGCUCAGCUCAGUGUUCAGGCGAAUGACCUUCCCACCUCGAAAAUAACAAGUUUUGAGGGUUGAGACGUUCUGGAUCUUUAUCUAGCACACCAAAGAAUGUUUUAACCCUCUCCUGCUACUCAUAGCCUCAAUCUUGUUAAAGACUCAUCAGAAUCUUUUCCAGGAAGUCCGCUCUCUCGGAGCCAUCGCUAUGAUCCAGCGGCCUCGCCGUAGACCUAAUUCGGACGGACUUGACUCGUUCGGAGGACAGCGACCGUUCGGAAGACCUGCCUCAGGAUUCAACUUCGGAGGCCGAGGCCAGCAGCAGUUCGGUGGACAGGACCAAGACUUCCAGAAUGGUCGUGGACAGAACUCCCGUUUUGGAGGCCCUGAUCAGGACUCUCAGUUCGGACCGCGCGGUCAGAACUCUCCAUUCGGAGGUCGAGGACAGAACUCCCAAUUCGGCGGUCCAGACCAAGACUCUCAAUUCAACGGACGUGGUCAGAACUCCCAGUUCGGAGGCCAGGGUCAGCAGCAAUUCGGAAACCGAGGCCAGAACUCUCCUUUCGGAGGUCGUGGACAGAACUCCGGCCGCGGACAAAACUCGCAAUUCGGUGGCCCGGACCAGGAUUUCGGACCUCGUGGACAAAACUCCCAGUCUGGCAACACCGACACCAACGGAUUCGACUUCUAA